UGGCCGAUGAAGAAGGCGGUCGCGAAGAGAUCGCUGACGACAUGGACAAUGAAUACGAGGACAUGGAUGAGUCGGACGAGUGUUCUGUUGAGUCGGAUAACGACGGCGUGAAUAAAGAGAAUGAAGAUGAGAACGAAGACCGAGAGCGACAACAAGGAGAUGGAGAGGAGAGCAAUGACUCGCAAUCGGCCCAAAAGGACAAGAACUUAGACCAAGACGAGGAUAAACGCAACCCUCAGUACAUCCCAAAGAGGGGUCCAUUCUAUGAACACGACGAUCGCAAUGAAAUGGUGGCUCAGGAGGCGUCCGAAGUGCCCGAAGAAGUGAAAGAGCCGACGACCACAACGACGACGGAGGAGGAGACGCCAACCAAACCCAUUGUGAUCGCGAAGACUCCUAAAGAACCGGAAACUAAUAAAAAGGUGAAGAAGGUGUGGGUGGAGAGAGAGCGCUGGGGUCACGACCUCUUCAAAGAGGACGAACAGACGCCCAAAUCGAAGGACGAGUUGGUCAACACCUAUGGCUACGAUAUACGCACUGAAGACAACGCC